UAUAAACGAAAACGAAAGGCAGACUCAAGCAAGCCAAACCCACAUACCUUCCUUCCAAGAUAACCAAAGCACUUCUCACAAGCAGAAGUAGAACCCAAGGAUUCUUUAUCUCUCUCUCUCUCUCUCUUCCUCCCUCUUUCUAAUCUUAUACUUUUUCCUCUGCUUUUGUUUUUCUCUGCCAGCUUUGCGACGGGAAAGAAGAAAGUUUAAUUCCAAUCUGUUUCGAAGAGAAGCUGAGAAAUGCCGGAAAUGGAUGGUUCGUCAAGACCCCCACAAAUCUCUGAAAUGUUUCAGAAAUUCGCCCUCGCUUUCAAAGCCAAAACCUUUGAAUUCUUCGCCGACGAGGGAGUAGAGGACGCAGACGGGUUCUCUCUGCUCGACUCCGCCGAAGAGGUAAUCACCGACCAGAAGGUUGUGGUUAUCAAACCGGACUCGGCCUACAAUUUCUCGCCGCCGCCUCAGCCAACAGUAGUAAAGCCAAAUUCGGGCGAGACCCAAUUCGGGAAACAAGAGGGAUUGGGAAAAACGAAGUCUUUGAGCCAUACCCAGAUCAGCCCGAUCAAUACCCAGUUGUCCCAGACCCUGAUUUCGUCAAUAUUCGCCACUGUUUCGUCGUUUGAAGCUUCGUAUCUUCAAUUGCAGACGGCCCAUGUGCCUUUUGUUGAGGAAAGUAUUAAAGCUGCUGAUCGAGCUCUGGUCUCGCACCUUCAGAGACUCUCUGAAUUGAAGCGUUCCUUUAUCGAUGCUUGUAGGAACCCUGAAGUUGAGCCUGGUUUGCCCACUGGGUCUUGCUUGGAAGCUCAGGUGCAAGAGAACCAGAGCAAACUUCGCACGCUUGGAACCGUUUCGAAUCGGUUACAGGCAGAGAUUGAUCAGAAAGACAACGAAGUUUUGGCGCUAAGGAAGAAGUUGGGUGAGGUUCAGAAGUCUAAUUUAAAGUUGUCAAAGAGGUUAUCUGCUAAUUUGAAUGCUCCUUGUGAGGUUUUGUUGUCGGUUAGAGUCUUUGAUUCUGUAUUACAUGAUGUCUGUAGAUUAACAAAUAGAUUUACUAAGAUUUUGAUAGAGUUGAUGAGGAAAGCCGCCUGGGAUUUGGAUUUGGCAGCUGAUUUGGUUCAUCCAAAUAUUGAUUAUGUCAAGAAAGCACAUAAUCGCUAUGCUUUUUUGUCAUAUGUUUGCUUGGAAAUGUUCCGAGGUUUUGAUUCCAAUGGUUUUGGUGUGGAUGGGAAUGGAAGUUUGUCUAAUGGUCAUGCUUCUGAAUCAGAUAAGAAAAGUACUUCACUGAAGCAAUUACUCGAGCAUGUAUCAAGCAAUCCAAUGGAGUUGCUAAGUAGGGAUCGAAAUUGUGAAUUUUCAAAAUUUUGUGAGAGCAAGUACCAAGAGAUUAUCCACCCCUCCAUGGAAUCUUCAAUUUUCAGUAAUUUGGAUGGGAAGGAAGCGGUGUUGAACUCAUGGAGGUCACUGAGUGUGUUCUAUGAGUCAUUUGUUAACAUGGCGAGCUCGAUUUGGACGCUACACAAGCUAGCCUUUUCAUUUGAUCCAGUGGUGGAUGUAUUCCAAGUUGAAAGAGGAGUAGAUUUUUCAAUGGUAUAUAUGGAAGACGUCACUAGGAGAUUUUUAUUGCCAUGUAAAUCCAGGGCAAAAGUGGGGUUCACAGUGGUUCCAGGUUUUAAGAUAGGAAGGACGAUUAUUCAGUCUCAGGUCUACCUUACUGGCCUGAAAUGUACAGAGCAGUAGUAAGUUAUACGGGAAGAGAGCUCUCUGAGGUAAAAGAUUAGGCUCUCCUGGUUUUCAUCUUAUGAGCCCUGUCUUCAUUCCUAAAGAAUCUGAGGUGUUAUGCUUGCUGAUAUUUAACAUUUUCCUAGUCCUCCAGUCUCUCUUCCUCCACUUUCAACACCUUUAUCCUAAGAAUAUUAAAGUGUUAUCUGAAAUAUGGUUUGGUGGCCUGCAAAAAUUGGAUUCUCUGUAAAGUAGCUCUACUAAUUUACUUUUGAGUUCUGAUAAUGGCUAUUGGUGUAGUUCUUUUGAUGAACACAUUCUGUAUGUAAUGCAUAUAAAGUGUGUAUAUAUAUAUAUAUAUAUAUAUUCGAGUUAAAUAAUGAUUGACU